GCUAUAUCGUGUCAAUUAGACUGUUGUGUGUGAAAUAAUAAACUGAUGCUUCCUCUUUGAAGUGACAGUUGUGGGGUUAAUCCAUCCAAAAUGGCAUCAGAAUUGUCGCUACUUCAGAAGCUGGACAGCUUGCUCAGCAACGUAGUAGCUGACUGGAACUUCUACACUACCUUGAUUGCUGGCGCUAUUGUCGCUUUUGCCGCCUUCUCGUUCGUCACAUCCAAAGAACCGGAAAUCCAUCCUUUUCUGCUCGCCCGCCAAUCGACUGCCUUUCCAGUACGACAGCCUGGCGAGUCUGCUGCUCAUAGGAGCCUUGAAACACCGCAUGGAUUCCCGCUCAGGUCUGGCCUGAAUGUGAAAGAUCCUGGGGCGCCAAAGUGGACAAGUGGCCGAAAUGGAGACUUGCGUGAUGUAUGGAAGACUGCUGUGCGUGGAAAAGUUGAUGAAAAUGGUGCUGUUUCGGGCAAGCAGGGCAAGAUCUUUACAGUGCUCGGAAAACAAGCUGUGGAACAUUCGUUGGACCAAAUCACAGCCGAGAUCAAUGUAAUCGGAAGGCGUUUACAAUCAGGCAAUGCGAAAAUUGUUGCAGUGUGUCUAACUGACUCGAUUGAGCUCUUGGCCUCGAUCUUUGCUGGAGCGUUCUAUGGAUUCAAGGUUGUCAUAAUCCCUCACAACCUUCCCGCGGAGCAGUUGUCUAAACUGUUACGGAAGGCCCAAGCAGAUUCGUUGAUCGCUGAGGCUGGUGCGCUCGAUCUCACCCUGGUUGCCAAAGAUAACAAGCAGCUUUCCCAUGUGAUUUGGGUUGCGAAGAUGGGAAGUAGACAUAUGGACUGGAAUGAUGUGCCCAAGGAAGUUGAAGACCAUCUAGACGUCGCCGUAUGGCACGAACUUGUUGAUGAGAAGAAGGACCUGGCUGGUCUGGAUAUUCCCGAAUGGGAUCCUAGCUCGAAGACUCCUACCUUGUCUACAUUGUGGUCAGGUGAGUUCGUUGAGUAUGGCCCAGAGCACUUGGUUGCAGGCAUUUCGGGCUUGAUAUAUUCAUUGCCCCGAACUCAGCGGUUUAACAGUGAUGAUUUGGUUCUCUCCAUAGACUCACUCUCCCGGUUGUACCCCCUAUGCCAGGUUUUUGCGGCACUUUUCACCAACGCUUCUGUGGCUUUGAAUUCUGUUGCCGGAGAGAAAGUCGAUUUUGCUCUUGCUACAGUGGGAGUCUCUCCUUCUGUCAUCGUUGCAUCCUCUCGCACGAUAUCUGAGUAUCAUGGCAAGUUUAUGAAACCGCAUUCCGGUCUUCUUUCCUCUAUUGCUCGCUGGUUCCAGGUGCGAUCGCUUGAUUCUGGAAAUAUGCCGUCUCAGGGAUUCUUCAGUCGGCUAGCCAGCGUCGGACCUACUGCCGAGCUUUCUCUAGAUAGGCUCCGGCUACUUUGCAUUUCACACCGGAUCGACGAUGAUACCGACGCUCGUCUCGACCAUGAGCAGUUGACUGACCUGAGAGUCCUCACUGGGGCUCGCGUGGUUUACGCUCUCACAGGCCCAGGGGUUGCCGGUGCCAUCUCGCAGACAAAUGUCUUUGACUACCGCCGAUUUGAGGGGCCUAGCCAUUUCGGUGCCCCAUUGAGCACGGUCGAGCUUCUUCUCAGUGAUUUAUCUGAAGAUACCGAGCAAGGACAGCUUACGGUUUCCGGCCCUUCGGUUACCUCCGGCCGGACGACCUUCCCAGUACAGGCUCGUAUUCGGGAUGAUAACACUUUUGACCUUUGUUAG